AAUUAUUAUUCUGAGUAAACUCCAAACGAGAAUUCAAUUGGAUUGCUCUCUUAGAUUCUCCAUUAAUAGCUUUUGUGGGUCGAGCAUGCGUCGGCGUUUCUAUUAAAUACUUCCUUUCUAUCUUGCAGUUUCGUCUUGCUCCGGAAUUACUCAACAAUAAAUCAUUGCUCCUGAAAUAAUUGUUAACCCAACACUUUUUGAUCCCAUUUUAGUGAAGUUAAGUGUAGUAACAAACGUUGACAUCGACACCCGGGUACAUGUUACUCCCACAAAAGAAAUUAUUCCAAUUUCGAAACCCAAGAAAAAAAUCUAUCAAGAAUGGAUACGUCUUAUCUGAAUGACGAAUGGCAGGUGAUCGAAUGGAGCAAGUCCACGGCUAUUGAGCAACAGCUCGAGGCGGAACUUAAAGCUUUCACCGAGGAAGUAAGGGAAAUGAACCACGCCAAACUAGAGGCGAUCAUUUGUUUAAAUGAAGCAGCAGAUCAUCUGGAUAAAGUAUGGCGCGAUUGUCGAAUCGCAUCUGCGAUUGGAAACAGUGUGGGUAUUCUGGGAGGUGCGCUGACUAUUGGAGGGGGAAUCGCAACGUUUUUGACCGCAGGCGCUGCUACCCCUUUGCUGAUGGCAGGGAUUUCGCUUGGAGCAGCUGCUGCUGGCACAGGUUUAAGCACAGCGACCGCCGAGGCUGUUGUCAACUCUAAACAAAUACGAAAAGCCGAGAAAGCUUUGCAAAUUGCCGAUCAAUUGAGGAGGAAAGUUAAGGAACAAGUUAAUGAAUGGAAACAAAACAAAGAUAAAGCACACCUGGCUUUUCUCUUUCAGCUAGCUGUGGCUUUAUUUGGUCAGAAUCAUAUUGUCGUUAAGCUAGUUCAGAGUGUCCUUGUAAGCUUAGGAAUAAAUGCGGAAAUUAUCUUGAAUAUCCUUACGGAAGCAACAGUGAAAACGGCAUCCGAGAUAGCUAUCAAGGCCGGCGCUGGGAGAGCAGUCAUAACAGCUGUAGAAACCGCAACUGGAUCGUUAGUCGACAUCACAUCUAGAGCUUUACAAGGAGCCACAAAAGAGGGGGCAACUGGUCUGAAAACAGGCGCCAGCACCGCUGGAAAGAUUGGAAGCACAGGCUCGAAAUUGGCUUCAAAGGCCGCUGGAACUGUCAUUAUUGGAGUCAGCGCCGUUUUUGUUGCAUUGGAUGCAGUUGAUUUAGCCUUCAAGAUCAGAGAUCUGAUAAAAAAGAAAGGGUGUAAGGCAGCAUCUUACUUGAGGAAGAAGGCGGAUGAUCUCGAAUCUUCGCUGGAGUAAGAAAACGUACAACCCAUUAUAAGCCAGAUAACUCGUUUGCCAUCAUCAUUCAAGAAGGCGCAUCAGAACAAAGCAUUUCAAAAAGAGUGCAAAUUUUUCACGAACAAAAUUUUGAUGAUGAAUAUCACCACUUUUCUAAAUUAUUCGGAACGGCUGACCUCUUUGUGUAAAGAUUUUAUCACCGCAGCUGCAAAAAAAAAAAAAAAAAAAAAAAAAAGAAGAGGGGGAAUGGAAGACGUUACCGAGACCAGUGGGUGUAAGGCUAAUAUUACUAAAAUUGUUAGGUUCGUGCUUUGUUUAAGUCAUAGAGUGCUGCACUGUAUAAAGUAGCUCGUUCUAUUGAUUAAGAAACAUGAAAGGCACAGCCGACGUUUAAAGAUCGCUUUUAUGCCAUUGUUCAGGGUGAUAAAAACUUUUAUGCAAUUCGAAUUCUGUCCAUUGUUUUUUUCCUAAUCAUCACUAACAUAUUUUUUUCUUAUCUCAAAUUCAAAUCAUUACUUAGAGAGAAAGGCGAUUAGUUUGUUUCUUGCCAAUUUCGUAGUUUAUGAAACACGGGAAAUAAAACUGGAAGCUUUUAACUCAUUCGACGCAACAGCUGUACCGUAAGAAUCCUUGUAUCCGCACGUCAAGAAACCGAAAAGUCUUUACUUUUCAUUUGAAUGUCACAAACAUUUCUCGGAAAUGUAUUUUUAGCAAGACUUGUUUGCGCAAGUGUUGAUUUCUAAGAAUCAGUUAGCGUCCAUUCUGAACGAUAUUGUUAAAUUCAGUUGUGAAAGCGGCCAUCUUAGGUGAGACGGUGAAGAGAAGUGUUUUCGCA